AUGCCCGUAUUAAAUAUGGUAAAGCGUAAGAGAAAAGCAGAAGUUGGAACACCUGUUACUGUGAAGGGAGAACAAUUUUCAGACGAUCUCCUUAUUGCAUCUAAAGAUGGAAACGUGCAGCCCCAACACAAUAAAGAGGCCGCAUCAGUUUCCUUGGGAAGAUACUACACUUAUGAAGAUUACGUAGCAGAAGGCAAAGGGUGGUCUAAUAUGGGUAAAUCAGAAUGGCAGUUAAUGAUCGGUUUUAUAGCAAUUAGAAUAGGCGCACCGCUCAUACUUAUCAUUCACACACUAAUGAUGAUGGGUUUUAUGUACACAAAGUACAACUUUGAUUUUAGCAAUCCGCAGUUAGUUGAGAAAUUUCCUUUCAUCGUUGCACCAUUAUGUGGCAACUUGUUGGUGGUGCAGUUCUUCAGUAAACUUCUGUUCAAGAGAAAUUACUAUAGGCAGAGGAUGGAAGAAUAA